GGGACUGGAGCUGGGACACUCGCUGCUGGACGAGACAGAGACGAGAGGACAAGAGACAACACGCAGAUUCACUCUCACUCGACACGCCAACAUCCCAACAUGUCUUCAAAGUGUCCCAAGUGCGACAAGACGGUGUACUUCGCUGAGAAAGUGUCAUCGCUGGGGAAGGACUGGCACAAGAUGUGUCUCAAGUGCGACCGCUGCAACAAGCUCCUGACGGCCGGAGGCCACGCUGAGCACGACGGAAGGCCCUACUGCCACAAGCCGUGCUACGCUGCCCUCUUUGGACCCAAAGGUGUGAACAUUGGUGGAGCCGGCUCUUAUGUGUACGACGCUCCAGCCAACAACAACCCUGCCGGAGGGGAGUCAGUCCCCAAAGCCGAGGAGAAGCGAGUGUUCGCACCGAAGGCUCCGUCGAAAGGAGCUGGCGGCAUCACCACUUUUUCCGGAGAGGCCAACCUUUGCCCCCGAUGCAACAAGAAGGUGUAUUUUGCUGAGAAGGUGACAUCGCUGGGCAAAGACUGGCAUCGACCCUGUCUGCGCUGUGAGAGGUGCAGCAAGACUCUUUCUGCUGGCAGCCAUGCAGAGCAUGACGGCCAGCCCUACUGCCACAAACCAUGCUAUGCGACUCUCUUCGGGCCCAAAGGCGUGAACACUGGCGGUGUGGGCAGCUACAUCUAUGACAAGGAGCCCAGUGCCGUGACCCAGCCCUGAACCUUUGCCCCCCCUCAGCCUCAUCCCUCUGCUCUACACAACACUGACCAUCAGCCACAGUAUUAUUUCUAGUUUCUUCUUCUUCUUCUCUCCCCCACCCGUGCGUUCCUACCUGAGACGACCAGCCUCCCGUUCUCCCGUCUUCCCCUGUAUGCCGACCCGCUCCCAGCAUUCCUGGAUCCCACGGCUCAAAUGUUACAAAUGCUGGUUAGACAUGUGAAAUGUAUUGUAUUUGCUCAGCACCACAUCCAGCAUUCCCACAGCUGACUCACUGUUUCAACCAGGUUUUCUUUGCCAUGUUUACACAUUUAUACACUUAACUGUCACUACUGUAACAAAAGAAAGGUCUUACAGUUCAAUUCUGCACCAAGAGAACAGUUUGAGGAUGUUUUGACGUGAUGUAUGUUUAAAGAGAUGGAACGUGAAUCUCAGGUGUGGAAAGCUGCAGCUCUGACCUCCAGAGGAAUUACACUCUGAAGCUGGGUCGUGCACAGGUGGUGCUCAGGAGCAGCACGUUGCCAAUCAAUAAAUAAAAAGAAACUUAACAAAUGCCAUAUUUACAGUUUGGCUGCCUGACAACAUUCCUUAUGUGGAAGAAGUGAGAUUUUGUUUAAAACAAAAACAUAUUAUAUAAAAAAAAAAGAGGAUCUCUGAGACUGUUACAUGACUUUCAGCACGUCAGGAAAUUUGCUGCGCUAAUAAAUAACACUAAUUUUGCCCCAGCUGUUUUUUAUAAUGCUAUUUUUAAAGCGAGGCAGAAUGGGUCAGGGGAGUAAACAUGUAUUUAUUACUUAACUCAAGUCCUUUAAAUUUCCUUAGCCACUGUACUACCACCCUUUAUAGGACUGAUCCUGACGGAGGUUAAAUGAGGUGAUGUAAGCUGUAUAAUUCUCUACGAUCCAGAUUUUUAUUGUUAUUUCCAAAUGAAUAACCCUGCUGUUGUUUUCCAAGAGCUGAUGUAUUUUUUUUCUUUCCGGUUGCCAUUAGCAGAAACCGUAGCUUUAGCUCGUAGUAACAGAGACGAGAAACCGCAGACAAGUCAUUCUGUAAGAAUGUGCACUCAUAGUAUUAUUGUACGACUGUUACCGUGCUUGUGUGUAGCCUGUUGUGCAUCGUGGGGCUUUGUAGGCGCCGCGGGGCUCACUGUCGAGAACGCUGCACUUCAGCCCUGCUGCAGUCGACUGUUCUAAUCCCUCAAAUAAAUAUUUCAGAAACUCUU